CUUUAAUUUUACAUUAGGAGAACUCUGAAAAUCAUGCCAAAUCAGUUGUCAUAUCUGACUUAAAGGAUUCUGGACCGGUGUUACUGAAAUGAUAUUACAGAAGGCAGCAAUUGCAUUGUGUUCGUUGGAUGAAACCUGAAUAUUUACUGUCAGUCAAGUGGGUGAAGCCCCUAACUGCAGUUUACAUGUGUAGGUCACUGCGGUACUGUGUUAGUCACUGUCUCUAUGCAGCAAUGACAAGGCUAGAAGAAGCAAACAGAGAAGUGAACAUGCACUCAUCAGUCAGAUACCUUGGCUAUCUUGCCCGAAUCAACCUACUGGUUGCCAUUUGCAUGGGCCUUUAUGUCAGGUGGGAAAAAACUGCAGAUGCACUUAUUUUGGUAAUAUUUAUUCUGGGGCUCUUUGUUCUUGGAAUUGCCAGCAUACUGUACUACUAUUUUUCAAUGGAAACAGCAAGUUUGAGUCUCUCCAAUCUUUGGUUUGGUUUUUUGCUUGGCCUUCUCUGUUUUCUCAAUAAUUCUGCCUUCAAAAUGGAUGUGAAAGAAGAAGCUACAAAAUAUUUGCUUCUGUCUGCCAUUGUUUUAAGGAUAUUAUGUGCUUUAGUUGAGAGGAUUUGUGGUUGUGUCCAUCAUCGACCAACUCUGCUGACAACAGUUGAGUUUUUGGAGCUAGUUGGAUUUGCAAUUGCCAGCACAACUAUGCUUGUAGAAAAAUCUGUGAGUAUUAUUCUGUUGGUCUUGGCUUUGGCCAUGUUGAUUAUUGACUUACGUAUGAAGUCUUUUUUGGCAAUUCCAAAUUUGGCAAUUUUUGGAGCCAUUGCAUCCCUACUCUUUUUUCCAUCACUGCAGAUCCCCACAAACCCUUUUGCCUUGGCGUGUUUCUUCAGCUGCCUCAUUUCAGAUCCCCUUCUCGACGUUUACUUCAGUGGACUUUCGGUUACUGAGCGAUGGAAGCCCUACCUGUACCGUGGUAAAAUUUGUAGGCGGCUUUCUGUCAUAUCAGUUGGAGUCAUUGAACUAAUCUUUUUCAUUCUUGCAGCCUUUAAACUACGUGAUUUGGACCUCUGGUAUUUUGUGAUACCUGGUUUUUCUAUUUUUGGAAUUUUCUGGAUGAUCUGUCAUGUGAUUUUUUUUAUAACUCUUUGGGGAUUUCACACAAAACUAAAUGACUGCCACAAAGUGUACUAUACUCACCGAGCAGAAAACAACAGCCUGGACAGAGUCAUGGCAUCUAAAGGAAUGCGUCACUUCUGUUUGAUCUCAGAACAGCUGGUAUUUUUCAGCCUUGUUGCAACUGCUGUUUUGGGAGCAGUCUCUUGGCAGCCAACCAAUGGGAUCUUCAUGAGUGCAUUUCUGAUUGUUCUGCCUUUGGAGUCCAUGGCUCAUGGGCUUUUCCAUGAACUGGGAAACUGCUUGGGAGGAACAUGUGUUGGGUAUGCUGUUGUGAUUCCCACCAACUUUUGCAGUCCUGAUGGCCAACCAACUCUUCUUCCACCUGACCACGUCCAAGAGUUAAAUCUGAGGUCUACCGGCAUGCUUAAUGCCAUCCAAAGAUUUUUUGCUUAUCACAUGAUUGAGACAUAUGGUUGUGACUACUCUACAAGUGGGCUGACCUUUGAUACCCUUCACUCCAAGAUCAAGUCUUUUCUUGAACUUCGGACUGCAGAUGGACCCAGACACGAUACCUACAUUCUGUAUUACAGUGGUCACUCACAUGGCACUGGUGAAUGGGCACUGGCAGGGGGUGAUGCUUUACGACUUGACACACUGUUGGAGUGGUGGAGAGAAAAGAACGGCACCUUUUGUUCUCGACUGAUCAUUGUUUUAGACUGUGAGAACUCUCAGCCUUGGGUUAAAGAAGUAAGAAAAGUAAAUGACCAGUAUGUUGCUGUGCAAGGAGCAGAAAUGGCCAGAGUUGUAGACAUCGAGGAAGCAGACCCUCCACAGCUUGGUGACUUCACCAGACAAUGGGUUGAGUACAACUGUAACCCUGACAGCAACAUCAGCUGGUCUGAAAAGGGCCGCACGGUGAAAGCGGUGUAUGGUGUGUCAAAGCACUGGAGUGACUACACUUUGCAUUUGCCAACGGGAAGUGAUGUUGCCAAACACUGGAUGAUGUACUUCCCACGCAUCACCUAUCCAUUAGUACAUUUGGCAAACUGGUUUUGUGGUCUCAAUCUUUUCUGGGUCUGUAAAGCGUGCUUUAGGUGCUUAAAAAGAUUGAAAAUGAGCUGGUUUCUUCCCACAGUGCUGGAUACAGGACAGGGCUUCAAACUUGUCAAAUCCUAAUCAGCAACCAAAGAGAAAAUGAAGUGAGAGCUUUGUGAAUUUCCUCACUUACCAUACUUAAAACUUCUUCUAUGACUAUUUUUCUCUGAAAAAGUCUGUUCUACUCACUUUAUUCAGCUUUUGGAGCAGCUACAGUAUAUGCAACAGUUAGAAAUUGCAAUCUUAAACAGAAGAGGGUAGAACUAUGAUAUUUUGAAUUUUGUUACAUGUACAUACGUAAGAGACUUAUUUAAUAUGACCAUGCAUUUUGGAGACAGGUCCAAUGUUGAUAUGUCUUACUUAAGGCAGCCUUUGUUUAGAGACAUCAGGUUGAUGGACAGGAGCUCCUGUGAAUGUUACACCAUGCUGAUCUGUCAUUUAUGUUCACUAUACAGUUUAAAUACAGGAAAGGAACCAAGCUAAUACUCCAAUCAAUUCACAUGUGCUUGAAAUUUUGUGGUGGGGUCACUGAGCCAAAAAAACCCUGAAUAUAUAGCUACUGUAUGUAAGUAGCUGCCAAAAAGCUUUAGUUUUAUUUGCUUUUACAUCUUGUGCCCUGCCUCAGUUCUCUACUGCCAUCAGUGGAAAUUUGCCAUGGAAAACAAGGAAAUCAGACAACCCUCUAAUGCUCUGAUACUUCUCAGACGGUGUGUUCUGAAGUGAGUUUUAAGAAUAUUCAGUGUUACUUUCAGCAUUAAAUAUCUUACUGGUGCUCUUUGAGCAUACAUUCCCAGAAGUUAAUUUAUAUAUGGAAUAAAAACUGCAGUGAGCAUUUUUCCCUCACCUGUUAGGUGAUUCUGGAUUUUCCAGGCUCUUAAUAGUUUCUGUUUGAAAAGCUACUCUGAAGAAAACAAAGUAAAACAAAACACAAGGAAUUUAACAAAGAAAAUAUUCCUUAGAUAAAAAAUGGGAAUACAAGUGUUGCCUUGCUUCCAUGUUUAUCUGAAGUCCUUGGUGUGCCUAAAAUCGUGUAUCUGUGAAGUUCUGAGUACAGAGUUGGACCAGUGAGUUCAUUAUCUAUUAAAAUCACAAGCAAAGUUUGUUUGAAUGGAUUAUUUGCUUAGGAGAAGGGGGAAUCCUCAGUAUUCCUUAAGUCUUUUCUCCCACCCACAAGGUCCUGAUUUUAAUUCUUCCAGAGCUCAAUGGGACUCUAGAAAUCCUUUCCUUCAGUCAUAAAAGCUGCAUAGCUUUUUUUAUGCCAUUUUCUCAAGUUCGGAAAAUUAGAGGUGAAACAAGUAAGUGGCUAAACCACAGUACCAUUUGUGGUGAAUUAUUUGCAUAUGUGUGUGUAAUUCAGUAGACAUACAGUUUACUUUUUUCUGUUUCCAUCAGUAUUUUAAUAAAGUGUUAGAGAGUAGCUGAUAUUUGUCUAAAAUAUAACUUUUUUUUUUUUAAUUUAAAUACAUGCAAAUAGUAUUGUAGCUCUUUAAGUCUUUGCCAUCAUGGCUUUUUCUAAUGCCAUUUGAUCUUUUUAGCCAGCCAACUUAGAGAAUCUGCUAACACUGAUACACAUCAGUAGUUCCCGAAAUAAAUAAUGAGCCAAAGCAACAGCCAAAGCAAUUUGUACCCACCAGCUUCAAAAUGGUGAUUUUCUCAGAUUUACAAGUGGCAGCCACUAAGUUUCUUCAUUAAUAUGUAUUACACAAUAUUGUUUAGCAAGGCACCACCUUCCACACCACUUUCCCUUUCUCUGUCCCAUUCCAUAAUGUGAGAAGGGGAUAAAGAAAUAAAAGAUAAAUUAUAUCUUGUGAAGACUUAAUGCCUUUGGGUCUUCUCUAUGUAAAUGCUGUGAUUGUAGCUCUGUCAGGGAAUCAAGAGGUGGCUGUUGUCAAUAAGGACAGAGGGUUCUCACACCACCUCACUUCAGGUAUCCAACUUAAGGUCCUGAUGUGGGAGCCAGAGGUAGGAAUCAUCCCAUUUAAAUUCAGAUGUUCAAAAACCAGAUAUCUGAAUCCAUGCUAGUGACCUGAAGUGCUCCACUGCACUGCACUGCACUGCAAAGAGAAGUAAAUAUUUCCAGAGGAAGACUGGUUUGGUCUCUGUUCUAGGAUGACCUUUCCUGUGAUUGAGGGCAUUACAUUUUUUUUGUUUUGUUUUGUUUUGCUUUCCUGUGCCAAAGGUCAAGCAGACAAAUCCCUUAUGUCUCUUUAAUAACCUUAGAGCACCUCUUAGCUAUCCUCUGGAGCCUGAGCUGGGUACCUAAGCUCCUUGUUCAAGCACAUAUAAACUGGAUACUUGAAGUUGAGUUGAGCAAGGAUCCGUCAGGUUGUAGAAAAGCAGUACUGCCUUCUGCAGAAGGCACUGUCUUCCAUUCCUGGUCAUCAGCUCUUGAGUAUAGAUUCACAAAGACUCCUUUACAUUUAGUUUGUAAAAUCACCAUUGUUUUGACUUCUCUUUCAGUAAAAGUUCACCUGAUUGCAUCAUAAACUGUUACAGCUUGAGCCUUAGAAAUUUUUAAUAAAGUCCCCAUAAACACCUGAUAGUAACCCUGUGAACAUUUGAAGUCAAUAAGUUAGUCCUUUCUGUUCUGGAAAAGCUUUAAAUAUCAACCAUAACACUUGCCACUAAUUAUAAUUGACAGAUCUUAAUUGGUAAAUUUCUACCUGCUAUUGUUAUGUUUUUAUGGAAGUCAUCUGUAUCUUUCUUUUUGUUCGUGAAAGGGAACAAGAAAAGUGUGGGAUUCCUGACCUCUCCUGAAUCAGUGAGCAGGAAUCUUCUAUGUAGUGCAGUGAUGGACUUCACUCUGGGCAGAAUAAAUGCAACAGUUUGUCCUGCUGUUCUGCCUCUGCAUAUUAAAUGGUUUCCAGCUUACUUACCAAAGUUAGAUUUUUUUCCUAGGAUAGAUUGGGUGUUAUUCAGCUGUUUGCUGAAAGGCAGAUAAAGAACUGAAAAAGAGAGCAAAAAACUAUUUGUAAAACUAAUCACGUGUUUGCAGAUUUGUUUCUAUUUUCUCAAUUAUAGAUCUCUGGUUUUCUGAAUUUGAAGUAGUUCUAACAUAAGCUAAGGUGUUCCUACUUCUAAUUUUGUUACUGCAAAGGCAUGGUGAAAAUGGUAACUUUAAAAGAAAUGUUUACAGCUGUUCAAAUUAUGAGGCCUUUUUGGACAGACUGUCAUGUGUUUCAAAACACUAUCAAACCAGGGCUAUGGAUGAUGAGGAAUUCAGCUUCAUCAGUUCUUCACUUCUGCACUGACUUCUAUCAAGGCAUCCUACAGUGACCCACAUUCCCAGGUGGAAUUUUACUCCAGCUCCUGGUGCUUUUGCCUCUCCACAGGUCUCUGCCCAGCCUCGGGCAUGUGCCUGAGGGACAAACACUGGGAGCUCCUGUAAUCCAAGUGAGGAGUUAUCCUUCUGGUAUUCCUGUAUAAAAGACAGGGCCUGAAGGAAAUUUAAAUUAAUUCCAAAGAAUGUUGCCUAUGAUACCAGUUCUGUACAUGUUGUUUAGUGGUAACGUGUACAAAUUUCUGGGUAGAGAAAAUCAUUUUUGCAAGGUUUGUCUCUGUACUGUGUAUUCAGACAUUUUGCUAUGAAGUUUGUUAUAAACUUAUGUCACAGCAUGAUUUUAUGUUGACUUUGUUUCAUUUACCUCCUGCAUAGUACCAGCCUUGCUGAAACAUGCAAAUGCACUGAGUCCUACAAGUAAGACUUUUAAAGGGCUUCAAAUUGCAUAUUCACAGUAGUAUUUUUCUCUGAACAAGUAUUGGGGGGGAAAAAAGCCAUUAUUCUUCAUUUUUGCACUAAUAGAGUUAUGUAUUUGCAGUUCGUUAUGCUUUGUAUGCCUUGUAGUUGUUGUCCAAUCUUCAGUUCAAGUUUUUCCGAAAAUAAUUUUGUAUAUUUUGUAAAAGCAUAGUUAAUGCUUUGCUAGCAGUAAAGCGCCUCUGUUGCCAGCAGUAGACAAUGAAAUCAUAUUUUCUUGUUUAUAAAUACCUUUUGUGGGAGGAUUUUUACUGAAUAUGCGGUUUUUAGAUAUGUAAAUAGAUUUUGGAGUGUAUUUGUGAUACUACUUAAAUAUAUUUUGCUGUUUUGGAUGCUCA